CAGUGGAGCACAGACAGAGAGACACAGUGUUACACAGCAAGCAGAGCUCUGAUCAGCAGAGCAACCAACCCUUUCCCUCCAUCCUGUCAUCAUGAGGUUUGAAGAGAUCUUGGAUGAUAUUGGUGGAUUUUCCAAAUUUCAGUUUUUGCUGUUGUCCAUCCUGUGUCUGCCCCGUGCCAUCCUCCCCCUCCAUUUUCUCCUGCACAACUUCAUCUCUGCUACCCCUCCUCAUCACUGCUCCCUCGGGAUCCUGACGAAGAGGAAUGAAAGUUUGUGGUCCUCUGACCCUGAGACUGUGGCCUUUUUUAUCCCUUACCAGGAUGAUGGCUCUUUCAGCUCCUGCAGGGUCUACAGUACCCCACAAACCAGCAACUCCAGUCAAGAGAACAGGACUGUAGUGUGUCCAAAUGGAUGGACCUAUGACAAGUCUCAGUUUAGCUCCACUACUGCCUCUGAGUGGGACCUGGUGUGUAAGGACAAGCAACUGAAUCAAGCACUUGCCACCUACUUCUUUCUUGGGGUGAUGUUUGGAGCCAUUGUCUUUGGACAGCUUUCAGACAAGUUCGGCCGGAAGUACAUGCUCCUGGUAGCUUUAAUUGGCUCUACCUUACUUGGAACAACCUCUGCCUUCUCCACAUCCUACGUCAUGUUUGCCGUUUCCAGAGCGCUCUCCGGCUUUUGCCUCAGUGGACUGUCUAUCAUUGGAUUAGUCCUGGGUAUCGAGUGGAUAGAUAUAAAGCACCGCACCUUUACCGGUACCAUCAUGAGCCUGUCGUGGAGCGUGGGAAACAUGCUCCUGGCCCUAAUGGCCUACUUCAUACGAGACUGGAGGCACCUCACACUGGCUGUGACUGUGCCCUGCAGUGUAGCCAUCGUCUGUUGUUGGUGGCUGCCAGAGUCUGCUCGCUGGUUGUUGGCUAAUGGUAGAACAGAGGAAGCAAAGAAAUAUUUGGUUCAAUGUGCUAAAAUUAACAGGACAUAUCAAAACACGACCAAACUGGACACUGAGGUUUUAAGGAAGGUGACCCUCUCUGAAGUGGCUGAGAAGAACCACACCUACCUGGACUUGGUCAGAACUCCUCAGCUGAGGAAGAUCACUCUGUGCUCUGGGCUGUCCUGGUUUGCUGUUUCCUUCCUCUACUAUGGGAUCAGUUUCAAGAUAUCAGGAUUUGGUGUCAGCAUUUACCUCACCCAGUUCAUCUAUGGCGCAAUUGAAGUUCCCGCCAAAGUCCUGACGUUUUUUGUCCUGGAUUUCAUUGGCCGUCGAAAUGGCCAGGCCUGGUUUCUUAUUAUAACAGGAGCUCUGAUUGGGAUAAACACUGCCAUACCUUUAGAGUACUCUGUGGUUCGUACAUGCAUUGCUGUGGUGGCCAAAGGUUUCUCUGAGGCGGCCUUCACCACUGCCUUCCUCUACUCAGCCGAACUCUAUCCUACUGUACUCAGGCAAUGCGGUAUAGGCUACACCUCCUGUCUCUGUCGCUUUGGAAGUUCCCUAGCCCCAAUGAUAAUGCUGCUGGAUGACGUCUGGCUUCUCCUGCCUCCCGUGAUCUUCGCUGGGACUGGGAUCAUCAGCGGAAGCUUGGUCUUUCUGCUCCCAGAAACUCUCAACAUCCAUCUGCCAGAAAACAUUUUUGAUGUUGAGGAGAGAAGGCACAUACCAGGCAGCGCAGCAGGCGGCGGGGAGGAAGAGACUGAGCUGAAGUCAUAAAGUAAAGAAGACAGAGCUGCAGGUCGCUCCUCCUCAUCAGAACACAGAUCCUCCUCAUCACUGGACACUUUAACCUCAUUGGUGCUUUACGAUUUUCAUUGGAACUUUUACACCUUUACAGCUAGACUUCUUUACCUUAUCAUCACUGAAGUGAUGCCAGGUGCCAAUUACACCACAGUAAAACAUUCUGGUUUUACAUGCUGGCAGACAGACAGUUGUCCCACUGCAGAAUCAAAUAAGAAAUUAUGCAUUUUAUUAUAAGAAUCCCCUAAUUUUAAAUCUUCAAUGUCAAAAAGAGUUAAUAAAUGGUUUGAAAAUUGAUGAAUGUUCCUUACUUGCUGACAGUCAGGGCUGGCCGGGCGAUGCAAGUCAUAAUGUCAUAAUGUCAUUAGAAAGUGUUUAUACUGUAGUUAUUAUUUAUUUUCUUCAUCUAUAAUACAUAAUUUAUUCAUUAUUUAAAUUGGAUUAUGCAAAAAAGCAUAGAUUUUUUUAAUAUAUUUAAAUUAAACUCUUACAUUUAGCCAUUUGAGCUGAGAGUUGGUGCAGAGGUCAUCACAGUGUGUCUGUCUGUUAAAAAAGGAGAGAGCCAAAGGCUCCAGGUGGACGGAGCAUCAUGGACCAAAAUAAAAUACUUGAUUUGUGCGACUGGUGGAUUCAGGUGGUGAGAGGAGCUCUGGCUGAACUAAUCGAUUAAGAUAAUUUCCUUCCUUCACACAAAAUCCCAGCUCCAGCUUAAUGAAAAGGUUCCAUCAUACAGUAAUAAAAAAAAUACAUUUUUAAUUAAACUCGCAGUCGUCAUGCUAAAAAAAAAAAAGCAUGCAGCACAUGUUAGUGCAGUUAGAUGGGGCCAGUAUACACAUGAAAGCAGUCCACUGGAAAACCAGUUAGGAGGACGAGACAAAUGUAAGGAAAGGUUCACAUGUGAUGUAAAAAAAACAUUUAUAUACUGGAUGGUCUCAGUAAAUGCAUUAGCUGGUUUAACAGAGAUCUGAUUUAAAUCUGUUUUCCCCUGUUUCUGUUUCCUUAUCCACUGAGUCGGCCAGAGCAGAAAGGCUUAAACUCUCUCAGAACACUCCAGCUGUUCCAUUAAACUCUAUACUUAUCAAAUUUUAUACACAGUUAACCAACAUUUAAUUUUGUUUUGUUCUAAAAAUGAUAAUUUAUGAACAGAAUAACUUUAGAUUAAGCUCAAUCUUCUGGGCUAGAAAAUAACCAUGAAAUAAAUGUGUUCUGUUAGAACAUUAUGUGGGAUUUGAGGAUUUAUUUGAUUCACUUGUAAAUGAAAAUGAGCCCAAUUAGAGCUUUAAACCCCCCAGAGCCGCCCCUCUACCAUUCUUUCACAUCUGUUUGAAUCUGAGGACAGAAAAACCGUCUGAAGUGGGAACAAAUAGAAAUAUACAUGAAAAAAAAAAAACCUGGGUUUACAUACGUACAUGUGGCUGUUUUUGAAAUAACAAAAACAGCCACAAUCAUUAUUGAUGAAGUUAGCAUCUCUCCAUGACAGCAGUAUGGUUAAUAAAAACAAGCAGAAAUGUUAAUCUGAGGAAACGUUAAAAGAAGCGGAGACUGGAAAGCUCUUCAUGGCUGCUGUUCCAGAAAUUUUUUUUUUCUGAAUACUUCAGAAAGUAAAAGGAUUAUUCUGUGUGAAGAAAAAAAAAUAAAAAUGGUAUCCUUUGCAUGUUGGAAGAACAUGUCUGUCAUUUUUUGUUAUUUUAGUUGAAACACUUAUUAUAAGACAAUAUCAGAGGUUAGUGUUUGUGAGAAAUAUCAAUUGUUUUAUCAAUGAUGUUUAUUUUCACCAAUGUACUCAGCAAUGUUUUGGAAGAUCUAUAGUAUUUCCUGUAAGAUAAAUAUAGCACUAAAUUAGUUACUUGAGCUGCAUUCACCAUGAGGCAGUAUUGAGUCAGGUAUGGAGAUGGCUGAUAUAUAUGGCAAGUGGUAUAGAUUUAAAUGUGAAAAUAAAAAAUGAGAUCAAGAGAAAAGUCAAAUGAUAUGUUUAGACAAUAGGCAGAGUAGGACAGUAUGCAAGAAGGUUAGGGCCACUGGAUAAAAAUAAGAAAAAACUUACUGAGUUUUUCUUUCAUUUGAGUUUGAUAUGGGAAAAAAAGUCUGAAUUCUAACCAUAAUCUCAGAAUUCUGAAUUAAAUCUAGGUGUAUGAUAGACUGACUGUGUAUGGAACUUAGGUGGCACUUUAGGGUGUCAGGUCAGAAUACUUUGGAGACGUUCAGGUGCUUGCAGUGAGAAGAGGCAGAGUCCUUUAAUCAGCUUUGAUUGAUUUAUCUGCAUUUAUGAGGUGAAUGCUGGUCAUCAUAGAAUAUGUGAACAAAAUAAAGAUGUCAUUUUAGUUUGGA